GACCAAACGUCCAAGGUGUCGUUGUGUUUAGCUUAACUUUCCGUGGUGCGAUGGCUGUGGAGCCUCUGCUGGUUCCUGUGAAGUCGAAACGGGCUCUGUGGACAGGCAGCAGGAGGCGAGAAAACCCGCCGCAGUCCACUACGACCUCCACUUAAAAAUAAUUUCAACGGUCGCAGAGCCCUGACGUAAGGUUCUGGUCUGAACUGGAGGGAAAUCACCAGCAGCUGCGGCCAAACGGCCUGAAUUGCCCCGAGUGUCUCUGUUGGAUGGAUAGCAGUCGUGAGCAGGGGAGGGUCCCAGUCAGCAGCUGUGUACGGAAUAUGAAAGUACGACGGGCUUCGGUUCAUCCCCCGCAGGGCAUGAGCCGGCUCUAAAUCCAGUAUGUCGACAUUCAGAUCAGUGGAUACAUGUCCCUGAACAGGUCGGUGCUGUAGCUGUGUGGCCAGGCCCCCUGGCUGCCCAGCUGCCUUCAGAUGAAUGAAGAGCCCCCCGGGACACAGAGACACAGCUGAUACGGGGCAUGCAGGUGUUUCUGCAAAUAUGAUGAAAAAAAAGAAUCCCCAUAAGAAACACAAGAGCAGCCUGGGCCCGACCAACAAGGUUCUGUCACAGCCUCGACGCAACAUCGUCGGCUGCAGGAUCCAACAUGUGUGGAAGGAAGGAGGCGGCCACGUGGUCUGGAAGGGAACCGUGCUCGACCAGGUGCCGGUGAACCCGUCUCUCUAUCUAAUAAAGUACGACGGCUUCGACUGCGUGUACGGCCUGGAGCUUCAUAAAGACGAGCGGGUUCAGGGGCUGGAGGUUCUGCCCGACAGACUGGCCAAGUCCCGCCUGACGGACGUCAACCUUGCAGACGCCAUGAUCGGUAAGGCGGUGGAGCAUAUGUUUGAGACGGAGGAUGGUCCAAAGGAGGAGUGGAGGGGGAUGGUGCUGGCCCGGGCCCCCAUCAUGACCACGUGGUUCUACAUCACCUACGAGAAGGACCCGGUGCUUUAUAUGUACCAGCUGCUGGACGACUAUAAAGAAGGAGACCUCCGCAUCAUGCCUGACUCCAAUGACAACGUCCCGGCAGAGAGGGAGCCGGGCGAGGUGGUGGACAGCCUGGUGGGGAAGCAGGUGGAGUACGCGAAGGAGGACGGUGGCAAGCGAACGGGCAUGGUCAUCCACCAGGUGGAGGCCAAGCCCUCCGUCUACUUCAUCAAGUUCGACGACGACUUUCUCAUUUACGUCUACGACCUGGUCAAAACCUCGUAAGGGGCGGGAGCUCGAUGCAAAUUAUGUCGAAACAUCUGAAGCAGCAUUUCUCUCCGACCAUCAAAGACUAAACAUAAAAACCUAAAAUGAUUCUAGCGAAGGAAGAACAAAGAACGGAAACGCGUGGAGAGCGGAUGUGGUGAAGUUCGAGCCUGUCGUCCAUGACCCUCUUCAAAUGGAGCAAACUAAAUUUCCCACUACGGUUUCACGAGUCUGGACUUUUUCAAGCCCCAUGGAACAUUUUAGGAAGCACUGAAAAAAAAGUCCAAAAAUGCUGUUGUACUGAGAAGAUGGAGUCUGUUGAGGUGAAACAACGGCAGAUUCUUUAAAAUCUCUUUAAGCAUCGUUCUGAUACCGGCCAGAAAAUUUGUCCCUCGGACGUUUUGCUGGCAGCCUGUGUUAAAACACAGGGAACAGUUGCUGGAAAUAUGGAUUUCUUGUCACUUCUCAAAUCAACGAACAAAUCUGACAGAAAAAAACCCAAGAAGACUGUGGAAAGGUAAAGUAGCAGGUUCUGGAGAACCUGAUUCUUCUCAUGUGUAACAUCCAGUGUAGACCGGCUCAACAACUGUGUGGAGGCCAGUCAGUAGUUAGUCACUGUUAAUGCAAGUCUGAAGACGAGGCACAAUUCAGUAUAUGAAGCAUCUGAGUCCAAAAUGUUUUGCCUCACUAUCUCAUAGUUUGCAUAACUUGGAAUCAAUUAAAAUGACAAAAGCUCCUAAAUCUUCAUAAUCAGUCAGAGUGUAGUGAAUCUGUGGAUUUCUGCCAGUUUCUAUUUUUCCAGUUUUGCUAUCGCUUUCAUUAGAAAAGCAGCACGUGGUGAGUUCAACACCUUGAACAUCUGCCGAGCCGCCUUCACUCGAGCUGGAUCUGUGGAACCAGCUGCUGAAACAAUGUAAAUGACAAAGAAUUUCCACUUGUAUUGAAUUGGAGAUUGAUUCUGUUUGACGCCGUCUCACUAGCGUCACCUGAGCAUCAGUGAAGAGGCUCAACUGAUCCUCAUCUGCACUUUUUUUGCUUUCGUCAUUGCCAAAAACCUUCCUGUUGUGAAGUCGUUCGAUGUUUAAGGUGGUUUCACUAAAGCCUUUGGACCUGCUUUGUGUCUCUGAGGACUCAGUGGAGACCGGUGUGACUCGGCCAAAGCCCUUUCUGUCCUUGGCAGUUUGUUUUAUUGUUCAAUAGUUUGUUCCCCACGUUCUGCAUUUAAACCUCAAACAUAGUUAUUGAUUCAAAAUAUCCUGGGAACUAAAAAAAAAUGAAGAAGAGGAAUUCUCCACACCAGGAACGUUCAUGAGUGUGUUGGACUAAUCAUCACUAGAUGUGAUUUAAAAAAAAAAACAACCAAUCUUCAGCGCUACAGUUUUCAGUUUUGCAGGCAGUUAAGAUGUUUUUGGUGGCCUGUGAUUUCUGUUUACUUCUGUCUUGGUUGCCAUGGUGACAUUGAAAUCAGAUGCUGAUGGACUCCCUGUAGUGUGGAUCUGAUGUAUCAGAGGCCAUGAACCACAGCAUGUGGACAUGAUCGGCUGUGUUUGUAUAUGAAGUGAUCAACAACCAGUGAAGGCUUAAAUUUGCGUUUUUACAGAUGUGUUUCAUUUGGAUUUACUUGUGACUGAAGGCUUUUCAUCACGUGUGCUCUGCACCUAGUUUUGAGGGAAACUAUUUGAUCCAAGGUUGAAGUCUGAAUACUUUAUAGCUUGAGUUACCACAGUUUGUUUGUAUAAAAAGUGUCUUUGUUGAGGGAGAAGAGCAUCAAACAUGACGGCAGUUUAACAGUUUACAGGUUCAUUAAUGGAUCGGUUCAGCAUUUAAUGCUGUGUCCAUCAGAUGGCGCCGCUUCAAUGCAGAAUCACGCGUAUGGAAAACCUUCAGUCUGUGCUUCUUGUGACGUAGUUAGUUGCCGAGGCAGAUUGCAGCUCUUAUAAUAACAGCACUAAAAAAAAGGCAGCAAAAAGAAAAAUAGGCCUUUCCAGAAACGUGAGGGUUUCUGCACUUGUGUAUCCGUUUUGUUUUCCAUCAGAGAAACAUGAUUGUGAUCAUCUCAACAGGCAGUUAUAAUUAGUAAUCAUAGUUCACAACUGUGACUCAGCGAGGUUAUGUCCAGUUCGGUCAGUUCAUUUUGCUAUUACAAUGUAAACAUAUUAAUAUUGUUAUUGUUGGAAUGACAUGGGCCUUUUAUCAUCCUUCUGCCUUGUCUUGUUUGUUUUUUGUAUGUUUGAAAAUGUAUAUUAAUAAUUUUGAUUCUUACCGGAAA